AUGAGUGCUAGUGAUGGGGUUGACACAACGCAGAAACGUGCACUUCGGGAAUCAAGUGCGGUCCCAAGCGAGCGUGCUAAUUUUGCCCGUAUCGCUAGUGACUUCAACACAUCUGAUAACGAGAGUGGGGAGAAAUGCUGUGAUGUGAAACAUGAGGUAAUGUCUGGGCUAGAGUUUGAAAAUGCCAGCCAGACACAUUCGGACUGUAAGUCCAACGAGAAAGCUAAGAAUCAGAAGAAGGAUUUUUACGAUCUGGAAGACGCUCGUAAAAGACAAUUCUCCGAUACUUAUGUUCCUGGAGAUGGCCUGAAUUCCCAACCUGGUGAGGUUGUGGAGGAGGAUGAUGAUGACGACGACAGCACAACGAUCUCUGACAUCAAUUCUGACGAUGACUUCGAUUUGGACGGGGAGAGUGUGAGUAUGUCGGACUCCGACGCGGACAGUACUGUGUCAUCAGGGACCAGCAGCUACAGGUCCUCGGCAGAUUCACUGGGUAGACGGGGCAGCUACGACUUCCUGGCGGCGUCUGUUGCGGCAACCAACGACGAUAAUCUGUCCGAAAGUGGUGGUGGCGACGUUGGCGACGAUAAUGAAGAGGAGGAUGAGGAGGAAUUCUUCGACGCAGAGAAUGGUGAAGCUCAUAACAAACUUGAACAUAGUUCAGCUGUCAGCAUGACAGUGAGUCACCCUAAUGGAUUACCAGAUAAGCAGACUCUUUCUGUGUCGGAACAAAACAAUUCAGGCCUUGUAGACUCCUCAUCCUACAGCAACGCUUCUAUACAAUCAAACAAUGAAAGUAGCGGAAAUGAUUCGGAGUGUAGCCCACAAAAGCUAGAAGAACAUUCUAAAAAUAACAGUUCGAUAAAUAUGUCAGAUGAGAACAAGGAGAAAUCUUUCUCAAUGGACGUAUCUGCCCGGACCGAGCCGAGCAGCGAGUCUGACAACGCUCACGAAUCAGGAGCCAUGAGUCCGAUGCUUUCCCCUGACGUCAUCGAAGGUUUCAGUCUGAGCCAGGCGUGGGUGGAUCGUGUAAACCGUAGCCUGGCGGAGAACGUCCAGCCCAGAGUCACCACCACGGGUGAGGAGCUGGCCAGAAGCGCCGUUGUGAGAAGGAUUAUGAAAAGAUUUUCCGAAAAAGGUGAUAGUAAAUCUGCAAGACCCAGCUUUAUAGCAGAGGGGUUAAGAAAGACUUCUUCUGACAAGAGACCUGAUCGGAAUACUGGAGUCCGGAAUAAGUCUCAAGUUUCCAGGCCGGGAUUGCAACCUCUAUACGGUAUCGUGUAUAACUCCAAACCGAGAACUCAAAGCUAUAAGAGAGCUUGUUCUGUCCCUGCCGUACCAAGUCACAUCGUAGAACAGUUAUCUCCCUCGCAUUCUUCAGAUCAAUCCAUGGAGCAUCAGUCCAAUGACUCUGAUGCUCCCGACAAGCAAUCUUCCUCACAGCAGAUUAAAACCACCCAGGAACCAUCCGCCUGUAUUUCUAAAGGGAAGUCAAAUCGACGACCAGCCCAGCAAACAUCUUCUUCUAGAGUCAGCCUGCAGGCUACUCUACCAACCAUUAUUGAUACUUCGCCUCAAGGCAAACGUCCCCGGGCAGAAGGGGACAUCGAAUCUCUCAUUGGAGCGUCCUACUUAUCGGAUAACCACGCAGCGGUUUCCGUCAGCGUAAACGAUCGCUCACUGCGAAAAAGUCCUCAUCCCGUGGCUGAGUGUCCGGUUGCGCACGUGAGCUCCGGAAGCGAAGAUGAAUCCCAUUCGGGACGCUCUACCCCAACUCCGUCACAGACCGAUCAUGAAGAUGUAAAACAAGGAUAUAAUGGGAGUGGUUACGGCAGACGUGAGAAUAGUAUAUCAGAAGAAGAUUCUGGAAAAGCAGAUGUAAUGGAUUACACUAAUUCAUCGAGGGAAGCCACCACGGAUGUCGACAGUUCUGUGGCUUCGGUUACCACCCAGGACAAGGAGACUGACUCGGAGGAGGAGGACAAGUCGGAUAUACUCUCACACGGACUUAUCCGGAAACCGGCCGUGCGGAGGAAAGGAUAUGCCUGGGUCAGCAAGGUAUACACAAAGUACUCAUCUAGAACUCAUGGCAGUGAUGUCACCCACUCUGGAUUCCUGAGCGGGCGUCGAGGGGAGAAAGAGCUUCCUGGCUCAAGCAAGUUUGAUGAUCUGGCUGGAUGGGAUAUUGAUUGUUCUUAA